AAUUGCCUUGGAUAUUAAUAAAAUAACCCUGAGAGCUCUUACAUGUUCCUUCACCAUAGGAGGAUCCCAAAAAACAAGCAUUUAUCCUUAUCUCUUUCCCAAAAAUCCAAAUCCCAAAAGAACACUAUAAUCUAUUGUAAUAGUUGUAAUCUUCUCUAAGCGUGAAUCUAUGAUAGUUACAUACUUUUUUUUUUACAGAAACGUGAAAAAAAGCAAAAGCUUCACCUUCUCUCCAGCCUUUUGCUCAGCUUUCAUCAGUCUCGAGGCUACUCUCUCUUCCAUGUUGUCUUCAACUGCCUGACAUAAAAACUAUCACAAAUGUUUGUUCCCACAUGCAUGGGCUAGUAGCAACACCAACUUGGAGACUACAUAGUUUGUUGUUUUCCUCUCAUUCAUAUCCAUGUGCCUUCUGCAUUUAAAGUUACCAGCUACUCAAAUACUGAAGUUCCUAGCUAUAAAGCAAAGAAAAGCACCAGUUAGAGUUUACUGUACUGUAUAUUUUUCAUGGGGAAAAUUGGAGGAAGCUCGUGGCUGACUGCUGUUAAAAGGGCUUUUAGGUCUCCUAGUAAGGAGAAUGGGAAGAGAAGCAGUAGAAGGAGAGAAGAAAAUGAACAAGAAGAAGAAGAAAAGAGAGGGAAACGAAGAUGGAUUUUCAGGAAGCCUUCGAAUCAGGAAACAAUUACAGAACACUGCCAAGCAAGGACAGUAACAACCACCACAGCUAAUAUCACUCCAACCACUAGGUCUGUGACUAUAGCAACCAAUCCUGUUUCUGAGGCUGCAGAUGGUGAGCAAAGACAUGCCAUUGCGGUAGCCAUAGCAACUGCUGCUGCUGCUCAAGCUGCAGUAGCGACAGCACAGGCAGCUGUAGAGGUUGUUCGGCUCACUAGGCCUUCCAUAUUUGUGAGAGAACACUAUGCUGCUGUUUCCAUUCAGACUGCCUUCAGAGGAUACCUGGCAAGGAGAGCUCUUCGGGCACUUAAGGGGCUGGUAAAGCUGCAGGCUUUGGUAAGAGGCCACAAUGUUCGUAAGAGAGCAAAUAUGACACUUAGGUGCAUGCAAGCUAUGGUUAGAGCCCAAGCUCGGGUAUGUGACCAACGUAAGAAGAAGCUUUCAAACGAAGGGAGCAUAGAUUCUGCAAUUAGCGAACCAAAUAGCUUGUGGGAAUCACAUUUUGCUGAAAGGAAAUCCAUGUUUUCUAUGCAGUCUAGAGAUGAAAGUAGCACUGCUGAUGAUUGGACCCACUGGGAUGACAACCCCCAAACAAUAGAGGAGAUUCAAGUAAUGUUACAGAAAGCAAAGGAUGCUGCUUUGAAACGUGAAAAGGCCUUGGCUAAUGCAUUCUCUCACCAGAUGUGGAGAACUGGUAGAGAGCCAAUUGCAAGUGAGGAAGAGCCAGAAGAGAUGCCCAAAUGGCUUGAUCGGUGGACAACAAGGAAGCAAUGGGAGAGCAGAGGCAGAGUUUCAUGUGAUCAAAGAGAACCCAUAAAAACUGUGGAAAUUGACACCUAUAGACCUUACUCCUACUCUGCUCCCAAUUCACAAAGACCACCGCAACAACAUCGCUGCUACCAAAUCCAACCACAGAGACACAGUUCAUUUUCUGUGGCCUCUCCUGUUCAUAGAGCCCACACAAAUCUCACCUUCCAUUCACCAAUCACACCAUCCCCAUCCAAAACAAGGCAUCUUCAUGUGCAUUCAGCUAGUCCUCGAUGCUUAAGGGAACAAAGGAAUAAUCAUCCAAUGCCUCAGGUUCCAAGCUUAGGCUCCCCUUACAACCAUGCAAUGCCUAACUACAUGACUGCUACUGAAUCUGCUAAGGCUCGGUUUCGAUCACAGAGUGCACCAAAGCAGAGGCCUUCAACCCCAGAAAGAGAAAAGACAGGAUCAUCAGUGAAAAAACGCUUGACGUUCCCAAUUCCUGACCCAUGUAGCGGUCUUGGAAAUGCUGGUGGUGGUUUUGAUUUUAACUCGAGGAGUCCAUGCUAUAAGAACAUUGAUGGAGGCAAUGUUGGGAUGGAACAAAGGUCAAACAUGUCAUCUUGUUGCACAGACAGCUUUGGUGAUGAAAUAUCUCCACCUUCAACCAAUGAUCUUAGGAGGUGGUUGAGGUGAAAACUCUUGAUGAUGUGUAGCCAUCAUGCAUUUUCUACUUGAGAGUCUGAAUUACUUGAGGUAGAUGAAGUGAGAUUGUGAGAGAAGCAUGUUGAAUGGAAAUGUAUGAUGGGACCAUCAUUAAUGGAGUUCAUAAGACAAGCUCUCUUUUUGCUUA